AAUCGGCCAUUUUAACUAUCAAGCGUACUGCUGAGCCACAACCUUCACUUGGAGGACGCAUAAAAAAGCGCAAAAGCGACAUCAAGGCUAGAAUCGUCCCUUGUACCAUUCCAGUCACGGAUCUGUCCGCCUUUUAAGCCUCAAAUAUUUACCCACUCACCGCAGCAUUUAAAUAUUUAACUUACAAAAAUUUUAAACGACCAUAUUCCCAACUAAUUAUGGCUUACUCUGGAGAUCAAAAGGCUGUAAAGUUGAUGCCAUAUCUUACGAAAGUAUUCUGCCGUUCCUUCCUCUACGAGCCUGAAAGUACGAGCUGCUCAUUCGGAACGCAGGCCAACUUUAUUUUUAUCAUUGGCGAUUACUUGCAACGUGAGAAUUACGAAUUCAUCGAGUCGAACUGUAUCGCACAGGGUUCGGAAGUUUUGAAAACAAUCAUGGAAUCACAGAUGACAUUGGCCGUCAAGAGUGGAAACUGGUACGCCAUCUUGAACGAGAACACUGGAUUUAAGCACGUGGACAUUGACCAGUUUAAAAGGAUGAUUGAAUUUAUGCAUUUUGGCGAUGUGAAAGCUCUGUCGGAAAAUGCUACACGAGAAGAAUUUCACGCUCUGCACUUGACGGCGAAGCGAUUCAAAGCAACGAAAUUGGAGGAGUUUUGCGUGACAAGAAUUCUGGAGAUUAAAGAGAAGGAAUUGGCAUUUGCGGAUAUUGAGGAUGAAAAUGUAGUUGAGGCGAUUGCUGACUAUGCUGGCAACACAGUGGAUGAGCCAGAAGCUGUGAACGCAGCAUCGCAGACUAAAUUUCCUCCGAAAUUGAUUACCAAGAUGGCAAAGGAAAUCAUGACGCAGGUCCAGACCGAAGUCAUCGAAGAGUUAAAAGAAGAGGUACUUGCAAAAAUUAGAGUGAUGUUGGAGCAGGAUAAUAUUUUUAAGGGAUAAAUUGACUAAAUAUUUGUAUGUAUGACUAAAGUUCUUUGAGAAUUACGUGGAUUUAUAUUCUGAUCUGACCUCCUAUUAAUAAGUCUGACUAUUAAAGUGAAAAAUGCAAA